GCACUCUCCCCAGGGUUUGUUUUGGUUUGUUGACCCGCGAAAGGGUUUGCAGCACACACACGCGCAUACAGAAAUUUUAUGCUAUCGUCACUGAAGGUUACAAAAAUGGAAACACAGUUAAAAAGUAAAGGCUGGAAUUUAUCUGUUGAGGGUUUAAAAAGCUGUACGGAUGCAUGCCAAAAGUCAAACCCAACAGUUAAUGAUAUUAUUAAAAAAGCAUUGGACAGUGAUCUUAGGCAUAUAGGACAAAAAAUUUUACCUGAAAACAUAAAUUCCGGUCAAAUAGAAAGCAUAAAAGGACCAAUUGUAUUACAACUUCAAAAGAUGCGUAAUAUAACAGCUCCAUUGAUUAACCAGGAAUCGAGUGGUGCACCACGAAUGAUGAAGCUGACAUUAACAGAUGGCUGUACAACUUGUGUUGCAAUAGAAUUCAAAAUGGUAAACUGUCUUAAACUGGAUAUGAUUCCUGGAAUUAAAUUAUGUUUGACAUCUUCAAGUAUUUCACUGUUGAAAGGAGUAAUUUUGUUGGAAGAUGGUGAUGUGAAAAUUUUGGGUGGAGAGGUGGAAAAAUUGAAAUCAAAAUGGGAAUCAAAUAGAGAAGCCAAGUGUUUAAAGAAGAAAGGGGAUGUAGAAGGCCCACCACCGUACAAAGAUUUUGAUCCAAGUAAGCCUAUACCACCAAAGCAGAAAACCAAAUGGAAAAAUUGUAAUGAUGCUAAAACCAUGGACAACAAUGUUUCCAGGCAAUAUGAAGGGAAAGAUACAUUUACCUCUCAAUCAAAAUAUGUUGAUAGACAGACGGGAAGCAAAAGUUCAAACAAUGCUGAGAACAGUCAUAAGCUCUUCGAAAAUAAUAAUGAGAAACAAAGACAGCCAAAAAUGUCGGGGUCCAAUAAGGAUGAAACUCUGUACAAUGAGAGAAGAGCAAAAACAAUAACAAGUGAAGACAAGGAUAAAUCUCUAAAAAGUAAUACAGAGCAAAGCAAAAACCCAGUACAUAAAACUGAAAACACAGACAGACCCAUUGUAAAAAAACAAAAUUGGAUACACAACAAGGCUGUUUCGGAAAACAAAAUGCAAAAUCAAUAUCCAACGCCCAAAGACAGUUUUAGAAGAGAGCAGAAAAGCACAAAAAAUGAGUACAGACAAAAAAGUGAUGAUUCUAUUCAUUUGCAUAAGAAAUCUGGUGCUCAAUCUGACCAAAAGUCGUAUGAAACAUCUGAACAAAAACAAUAUAGUGAACAUAGCAAAGAUAGAUACAUUUCUAAACAAACAGAUGAAGGAAAUAAUGCACAGAGAAAUAAAGAGUCUAACUACAAAAAAGGGGAGAAAAACAAUAGCCAUGCUUAUGGUAAAGUGGACAGAAGAAAUUAUUAUAGAGAUGAUUAUGACUAUGAGAUUUAUAGAGAAAGAGAUAGGGACAGGCAUUUUGAGAUUGAUGAUAGAAGCAGAAGCAACAAGGACCAAGCAUAUGAUAGAAAAGAUAACUGGAGGGGUGGCAGAGAGGACAAGAGAGACAUUGGCUACCAAAAAUACAAUGAAAGAGAUGCCCGUGAGAAUAAUGAUAGAAGCAGGAACAACAAGGACCAAGCAUAUGACAAGAACGAUAACAGGAAAGGUGGCAGAGAGGACAAGAAAGACACUGGCUACCAAAAAUACAAUGAAAGGGAGAAUAAUGAUAGAAGCAGAACCAUCAAAGACAAAGCAUAUGACAAAAAAGAUAACUGGAGGGGUGGCAGAGGAGACAAGAGAGACACUGGCUAUCGAAAAUACGAAGAAAAGGAUGUCCAUGAAAAUAAUGAUAGAAGCAGAAACAACAAGGGCCAAACAUAUGACAAAAAGGAUGACAGAAGAGGUGGCAGAGAGGACAAGAGAGACACUGGCUACCAAAAAUACAAUGAAAGGGACAUUCAUGAGAAUAAUGAUAGCAGCAGAAACAACAAGGACCAAGCAUAUGACAAAAAAGAUAACUGGAGGGGUGGCAGAGGAGACAAGAGAGACACUGGCUAUCGAAAAUACGAAGAAAAGGAUGUCCAUGAAAAUAAUGAUAGAAGCAGAAACAACAAGGGCCAAACAUAUGACAAAAAGGAUGACAGAAGAGGUGGCAGAGAGGACAAGAGAGACACUGGCUAUCAAAAAUACAAUGAAAGGGACAUUCAUGAGAAUAAUGAUAGCAGCAGAAACAACAAGGACCAAGCAUAUGACAAAAAGGAUGACAGAAGAGGUGGCCGAGAGGACAAGAGAGACACUGGCUACCAAAAAUACAAUGAAAGGGAUGCCUGUGGGAAUAAUGAUAGAAGCAGAAACAACAAGGACCAAGCAUAUGACAAAAAGGAUAACAGAAGAGGUGGCAAAGAAGACAAGAGAGACAUUGGCUACAAAAGAUACAAUGAAAAAAAUCCUGGAAAGGAUCAGAACCGCAUGCAGAGAAGUGGUAGGUCAUAUGACAAACAAAGUUUUGAUUUGGACAGCCACCAAGACUAUAAAGAGGAAAAAGAUGAUACAAGAGAUGUACAGCACAGCAAAAAGACAAUCAAGAAGAAUUAUAAUAAUGACCAGACUACAGAUAUGAAAAGUGUGGAAAGUAAUAACCAAACUGAAAUAGCAUUAAGCAGAGAGAAUUGUGAAGAGAGACACUCUACACAAGGGAAUGUAACACAAAUGCAAAUACCGUCAUUUGAUAGCCAAACAAUGUCCACAUCUUUAAAUAUGGGUGUACCAAUUUCACUGAAUGAAUUGUUUGGAAAAAACUUGACGCUGCAUAAUGAAAGUGAUAAAUUUCCAAAACCUCAAAGUGCAAAUAAUCAAACACAACAAACCAUGGGUCAAUAUCCUAUGAAUAUGGUUCACCCACCUUUUCCAUUAUCACAGGAUCAACUCAAUCUUCAAUGGUCUGUUACACAACAGCAAGACUAUAUGUGGAACCCAUACCAGCAGAUGAAUGUAGGUGCGCAGAAUUUCGUGCCUGAUUUGAACUAUAUGUCAGGGCAAACAGCUGACAAUAAUUUUAUGCAAGACAUACCUCAACAUCAACAAAAUCCUUAUUAUUAUUCCUACGGAAACACAAACUUUUUUCCAAAACAAUAAAAACAAGUUGUUGUUUUUGUGUAGUAGGUCUCAUUUUUGUGUUAGUAAACAUUUAUUUAAUUUAUUUUUUUUGUUCAUUAAUGUCUGUAGUCUAAAUAUUCUAAAGUCUAUAGUCUAAAUAGUCUAUUCACAACGAAAAGCAAGGUUUCUCUACUAGGUGGCACUUAUAAUUAUUUUUAGACCAUAUAACUAUUAUAACACUCUGUCCAGUUUUUAAUCUAUAUUUCUAUUAUCUUUCGCCAAAAAGUUUUUACUAUGCCUUUUCAACUAAAAACAUAAAAAAACUAAUACUUUUUGCUGAAUAUAGUUGAAUAUAGCUGAAUAUAAAAUUAUACAUUAUACAGACAUAGUAAAGAGAAGUGUUAAUAACAAAGAUAGCGUGUAACGUUAUAAUUUACAACAUUCUUCACAGUGCACUGCGGUUCUUCUGAUAGGACUUUCAUUUUUGAUUAGGAAUUUGUAAAUAAAUAAUACGACUAUGAUAUAGUAUUUAAAAAUAUUUUCACUCCGGAUAUUUCUCUAUUAACAUAUUUGUUGCUGCAAAAAGUCUAUUGUUAGAAAAUAGGAAUGCACUAAAACACUCUGCACAUCCUUUAUUUUGGUUAAGUUGAAAUUAAAACAAAAAAUCAUGAGGUUGUAAUAAGUUGUAGCUCAAAAAGGCUAGCAGGCCAUAAAUACAGGCCUACUUAUGCUUUGGUGAUUAAACUUGACACGCUGGCAGAGAGUCUCAAUUUUCAGGGGAAAAAAUAAAUUUUAGGAUGUCAUUGCCUAAAAAAGGUCAUUUUCCGAAUUUUGCAAUAAAUUCUAGUUUCUUAAGCAUUACUGAAAUCACCAAAUUUUGGCACUCGGUUACAGGCUAAACAAAUGUUAUGGCUGCAGGCACUUUAUCCCACCUCCGGUGCUAAUAGGAUUAAGAUGUUAUUUCUAAUAUAUUACAUAGAACAAAUUUUUAUUUAAUGGAUUUUUAUUUUUUUUGUCUGAAAAAGCUUUUUAAAAUAUCUAUAUUGCUUAAGGAAAAGGUUUUGAAAGCCAAUUUAUUCACGUGCGCUAAGCAUUUUGUUAUGGUCAAAGGAGAAGGUACCAUGAUACCUAGCUAUAGCUACCACUUCGUGGUUCCAAGGUCAGUCACAUGAUUUUCUUUCCAAAAAUCCUAUCCCCUUUCUAUAUGUAACAGCUACCAGUUCAUCCUUUUUUAAUAUCAUUAAGAAAAACGUUUGGCUUUCGAUUUUCUUGAAUUGAUUCUGCAACGUGUGACGCCCUGGGUCUCCUUACAUUGACAAUAGUAAUAGUAAAAUAUUUAGGAAGACCAGUUAUUUAGCAAUUUUUGUAUAAGAUGUAAGACGAAGGUAUUUAUUUUGCAAAA